CCUGCAGCACUAACCUUCUCACAAAAGGAGGUGAGGAGCAGAGGAGAACAGAAGGAAAGAAAGAAAGGAGGAAAAGUAAAAAGGAGGAGAGGUAGAGGAUCUGCAGAGCUGAUUAUAGAGGUAGUCUUUGCCCCUCUUGUGUUUGUACUUCCUUCAGUUUCCACAGAAAGAUCAGGAGAUCGUGAUGUACUACUCAGGCUGUUGCAGUAUCAGUGCAUACUCCAGUGCCAUGGGCAUCAUUCUUCAGGAGAUUAUCCUAAUGCUUGUCAUCUCUACAGGCUCACUUUCUGCAGAGGGUCGGCUCUUCAUGGACGUGAAAGUCGGCAGAUCAGCUGUUUUGCCGUGUAAUUGGAAAACUAUACUCGACAAUCUGUCAUCUGACCAAAAACCCCACAUCGAGUGGAGAACGCUUUCUGAGACGGUGUUUGAGCGUCGGGGGGAGGAGCAUUAUGAGGGGGAGGGGUAUGAAGAUCGGGUUGAUGUUCCUGAAGAUAAACUGAAGAAAGGAAACUGUUCUCUGGUUCUGAAGGAGGUUAAAGCUGAAGAUGCUGGAGUUUAUGAGAGUUACCUGCUGGUGAAUCGAGUAAAAAGAGCUCUGAGUUCUAAACGAGUCUUCAUCCAGAGCGUGGAGCUCUCAGUAGACGAUACACCUGAAGAGAUUAACAGUGCACAAGAUAAACCAAAUUCACAACCAAGAGGAAGGUCGUUUCCAUCAAAUAGCAGUGGAGUGAUAAAUUUUCCCUCACCGAUCAUCACAUUCACCAUUCUCACAAUCAUACUACUGUUCAUGCAAUGCUUUAUAGACCCUCUCUGAUGGAUCGCCACCUUGCCGCGGUAGAGAGGCUUAAGAGGUCUGAAGAUCCCGAGAGCUGGUCUGUCUUUCACUCAGGACAAAAAUGGGUUCAGAUCCACACUAAGAGCGAUCUACCAACAGCUUUCAACACAAAGAUUUUAGGAAUUUCAGUAGAGAACAAUCUGUGCAGUAAGUGUUUAUCAUCUCUGUAGGUACCCUAGCCAGCCAGUAGGUGCCCAAUGCAAGCAACACCAGAAGAAGAAAUAGGGGUGUGGCUUCACAUGGAACAAAAGCAUUCCUGAGACAGGAAGAAGGCCUCUUUGAGUUUGCCCAUAGACAGGUAAACCAGAAGGACGAAUCAUUCCCAGAAGAGUUUCCUGGACGUCGUCAAAACCCUUUCUACAAGAAGGCUGAAAAUUCCCUCCAUCCAGUGAGGAGGGAAAACAUGGAUAUUUUCUAACAAGAACAUUUUAUCUUUAACUUACUGUAUCUUACAUUUUACGUAAGUGUAAUUUUAUUUAUGAAAUCUGCAACUGUUUAUGUUCUCUAAACUAAAACCUGGGAACAAACCAACCUAUAUUUUCUCUGCAUGCAAAUCUCUUUCUCUUUUCUAACACUGAAAUGCAGCUACUGUAUUUCUCUCUUCUAAAAAUUAGAAUCUAGCAAUAGCUUUAAAACUGUCCUUUAAAAUAGUCAGCUUCAGUCUCUUUGUUCUGGCUCAACAGAGACCUGAACAAAGGACAGCUGAAUUCAGUUACAGUGGAGCCACGCUCCACAUUUAAACUCAGCGCCAUUUAUCCUUUGUUCGCGUUCGCGCAUGCGCGCACACGCACGCUCCACUCGCGCACACCGCGAAACCCCCCUUCCGUCUCUAUCGCGCGCGCGCACACACGCGCACGCGCUCUCUCUCUCUCUCUCUCUCUCAUACACACACCCUUAGCUAAAUAACCAUUUAGCUCUCAUAUUGUAAAUAUACUGACUGCUGUUUGUAAGAUUUGUGUUUAGAUUAGUUUGUGUGUUAAUAAAUGUCCAUGUGUAUAAAUGUGUUGAUUUCAUGAAUGCUGGUUGCUGCCAAUAACCAUAUAAAUGAAUUCAAUUUAAAACCUUCAGAAUCUGAGU